AGCAGCCUCCUUUUUCACCUUUCCUCAUCUUGACAAUGGUUGCCCCGCUCUGAGAAACCCGCGUUCGCAUUUCACUCCAAGUCGCUCUCGCCCUCAUCCAAAUGCGUGUUUCCCCCCGCAUUAACAUCCUUUCCGCUCGUCCGUUUUUCGCUCUUAGCACCCACACGCACCCCGACCUUUUUUACGACACCGAUGAUGUUAGACCACUAUUACACUCCCCGCGACUCAGCACCGUCUGUGCUCGACACGAGCAUUCUACCCCUUCCCAUUUCCAUUGAUCUGUCUGCGAACAUGAAGACCACCGAUCCACGCGUGAAACCUACACCCGUUCUGCGUGCUGCUGUUGUUGAUCUGAGCAGCAUCCCGCUGGAGGAGAUCGCCUUCGACUGUGAUUCCGCGAGCGAUGACGAGAGUGGAUCUGACGAUGGCUACGUCUCUACCCUACUGCGCCUUCAACGGGAGAUGGCACCGGCAGUCCCACGUCGGAUAGCGGGGGCGAGACGUGUUGCACGAGCUGCCUCUGCAACUCUGCCGCCGAAGACUCCGGACGUCGAAAUGCAGACACAGGGCGGUCAUGCUCCGAAGAGGCAAAUGCCCGAGGGGGAGUUGUUCCAAAGCAUCACAGCUAUCACUGGUCUGGAGAGCACUAGUUUCGAGGAGCUUCGGUUGGAGACAUACCUUCAAUCUCUCAUCGCCACCGGAAGCGCUCGCCCCCAGCCUGCCUCUGCCCCUGCUCUGGUGAUCCCGCCCGCGUUCUCCAGUCAGUUUUUCGACUGGGAUGGAGAAGCGAACGGGAAGGAUGUGGAGAUGGUUGUCGCACCUUCCAUGUCCCAGAGGCCACCCCUCCAUCCCUUUGGUUUCGCGUUCCGCUCUGCCUCCUUCCCUUCACCGGCCUCAACGACUUAGCUGUCCACUAGGGCUCUGUCGCUCGACUCUUCACUAUGCGUCUUCUCCUGGUCUCUGUGUUACCUCCAUGUACGGAUAACAGUAUCCUGUGUUCCUGUUCUUGUUCUUUCUCGUGUCCACUUAUGCAUCUGUUCUUGUACAUACCGCACUUUACAUCAGCACUGAAUAAUACAGUCACACUUCCACUCUCACAAGCUUCCGCGUGAAUCAGUUGACACAGGUCGUGCGACCAGUGAAAU